CGUUUCUUCCUUCUACACGUAUGGUGUGGAAUUAUCUAGCAAAUUGAACACACUUGUGAGUAUGCGGUUGACACUCUAGUUGAUUUGCCAGCACAGUACCUUUCGUUACACACCCGAAUAAGUGUGACGAACGCUAGCAGUGUCUGCUGACGAAACUAAUCGACUAACCAUCGAACAGUGUUGUACCUUCUUGCAUGAUUGAUUUAUUGCAGCCAUGCUGCUAAAUUCGGUAUUACCGGUCCUGCUGCUUCUAGGUGCGCUGCAGCGCAUCGAAGCUGAACCUCGUCCGGAUUUCGCCAUUAAGGCAACCAUUACCGGCACUGCGAAUGUGGUCAAACAGUCCGACAAACUUACCGCAUCGGUCGAUCUCGUCGAUAACAUGGAUCUACCGCUAGCGAGUGGUUACACGGUGCUGGAAAACAUGAAAGCUGCUAUCAUUUACAUUGGCUCUAAAAUUACCAUCGCUGGUAAGGCUUUUACCUCGGCGCUCAACACUCUGGCCGCGGAUAGGUCAAACGAUGUGAACGGAGCCUUUGCCCCAGUGUACAACGCGAUCACCGCGAUGCGUACGUUGCUGCAGAGUGGGUUUACGACACAGUUUACUGCGCUGCAGGGACAGGGCCCAUUCAUCACGAACCAGCUGACGAACGCGUUCAGGUCGGUACUCGAUCACUUGACGCUGUUUAGCGGUGCGCUGGAUCGAAUGAAAUCGGGCGUUACUGCAGCACGAAAUGCACCCGGUAACCCACCGAACGGUAUCUCGUCCGCCAAUCUGAACCGCUACGUACCACUCAAAUUGGUGACCGAUUUGCAGGAUGCGCUGGCACGCCUGAACGCUGACAUCCCGCUCAUCCUGUACGUCGUGGAGGAAACGCAGCGGAAGCUUAGCAUGGCCGACGCAUUCUUCAUUGAAGCAGAAGCCGAGGUGCAGACGGCUAUAUCCGACGUAGCAACUGCGAGGGAUGUGCUUACGAGUGAUGUUGAAUCGAUCAGCUCGAACAUCAUUGCCCCGUUUAAUGACCUGGUAGCGCCAGUAUACAACGAACAGGUGGAAAUGAUCGAUAGUGUGCAGAGCACACUGGAAGCAUUUAGCACGUACACCGAUGAUCUAGCGCCUGCACUCGGCAGCUUGGCACUGUUGCUCGAUGCAGAUGGUAUCACCAGCAUAACAAGCGCUAUUGAAGAGGCCUUCCAGACGUACAAUACCGAUGUCGAUGAUUCGAUCGCUAGUUCGAACUCGGUGGGACAGUACUUCGUUGACGAAACCUGCCAAGGUCUCCGCAGCGUUAUCCAUGCGCUGAUAGCAAGCUCGCCCUAUUCAAACUUUUGCUUCAGCAAGUUUUCACCCAGAAUCUUCAACCAGUUUGCGCUAUCGUUUUACACUGUGUCCGAGUGUUACGAAUUCGAAACAUUCCGCCUGUAUAAGCUGCAGGAUCUCAUGGCACUGAUUGUCAAUAUGAUCAUCUACGAUGUGGAAGAUCUGGGCGAUGCCAUCAGCAACUGUGCACUGCUCAGCGACGGUGCUUCCUGUCUAACUCUGAUUGGCCCACACUAUGAACAGCUUGCUACCACUGUGGAUGAAAAGCAAGAAUACAUGGUCAAUUUCAUCCAAUCGGAAACCACAUUCAGCUUGCAGCGGCUUAGUGCAUGUGUUACGGCAUCAAAGUAUACGACCGUCAUUUCAGUGGCCGCCAUCGUUUCCAACCUGAACACGUGUACCCAGAAUGGACCGACAGCUUCUUAAUGGGAUGUCCUUUUUUCCAAAAAUUGAUUGACGAAACAACUAAUAAAGCGAUUUCAAACACGAACAGCAAGUUUUAAAACAUUUCUUUGCGCAUGCUUUGCAUGUUUAACUUACUUUGCAUGUUAACAACUAGGCGCCUCCAUGUAUUUGUCAGACAAAAGCCACACGGUUUGCGUAGUCUUACACCACACUACAAUGCAGGGGUCGGCAAUCUUUUCAACCACAGGGUUAGAUUACAUAAAAUCUGUAAUCCAGCUAAUCAAGUUCGGAAU